CCCUGCCAAAAGGGAAGUGAGCUGGGGCUGGAGCGAUGGCCCGGCUCUGGAGCCUGCGGCCGCCGCUGCCGCUCCCGGCUAGUCUAGAGCAACCGCGACGGCAGCCGCAGCGGGGGCCGGAGUCGCGGCUGAAGUGGAGGCGGUGCGUGUGAACGACUGAGAAGUCGUCCGUGUCGAAAUCGCUCCAACUCGGGGCGGAAGCGCUUCAGGUCCUGAGCCAUUUGGAUCCCCCAACUUCGUGCCAUCUCUGUGACUUCCUCCUCCACCUGAACUUCAGUUUCCUUUGGGCUCUUGUUUCCAAGCCCCAGCGCAUCUGGUUCAGUCCCACACUGUGUGGGAGUGACCAGGGGGCUCUGGCCCAGAAUUCCCCACCCUGGAAGGCAGCAGCUCCAAGACAGGGAGAGAACCGGGCGUUGUAUACGAACCCGGCAAACCUAGAGUGGUGGGUGCUCCACUCACCCCGCACAAGAAGAUGAAAAAGCGCAAAGAGCUCAAUGCACUGAUCGGCUUGUCUGGGGAUGGCAAGAGAAAGAAGCCCAAGAAAGGCUCAGGCCACCGCCUACUGCGCACUGAGCCACCCGACUCAGACUCAGAGUCCAGCUCAGAGGAUGAAGAAGAAUUUGGUGGAGCUGGAAAUCGCUCUGGCUUCGUCAAGGGAGACUACGUUCGCUGCUGCAAGAUCUGUUAUCCCCUCUGUGCUUUUGUCAUCCUUGCUGCCUGUGUUGUGGCCUGUGUUGGCUUGGUGUGGAUGCAAGUGGCUCUCAAGGAGGACCUGGAUGCUCUCAAAGAAAAAUUUAGAACAAUGGAAUCUAAUCAAAAGAGCUCAUUCCAAGAAAUUCCCAAGCUUAACGAAGAACUAAUAAGCAAACAAAAACAACUUGAGAAGAUUGAAUCAGGAGAGUUGGGCUUGAAUAAAGUAUGGAUAAACAUCACAGAAAUGAGUAAGCAGGUGUCUCUGUUGACUUCUUUGGUAAACCACCUCAAAGCUAAUGUCAAGUCUGCUUCAGAUUUAAUUAACUUGCCUACCACUGUAGAGGGACUUCAGAAGAGUGUAGCUUCCAUUGGCAGUACUUUAAACAGUGUCCAUCUUGCUGUGGAGACAAUACAGAAAACUGUAGAUGAACACAAGAAAACCAUCGAGGUACUGCAGAGUGAUAUGAACCAUCACUUCUUGAUGGAGACCAGUGGAAGCAACCAGACAUUUCCAUCACCUUCAGCAACAUUAGGACUUGGCAAUAAAGUCCACAAUGAUAACGUGAAGCAGGGCAUCCUGUUCCUUCACAACUCUUUAGAGGAGGUAAACAGUACCCUAGUGGAGUACCAGAGACAGAAUGAUCUUAAACUCAAGGUGACAAAUGAGACAGUCAGUAAUCUUUCGCAGAGAGUCAACUUGGUCGAAAAAGAUUUAGUUGCUAUGAGCAAGGUAGAAAGGCAAGCAAACCUGUCUUUCAGCCUGCUAGGUAAUAGAACUGCCUUUCUGAAAAGAGAGUCUUCGUAUCAGGUGACCAACAGAACAAACACAGUAGCAAACCAAAACACCAAGAAAGAAGACAUUUCCGAUUCUCAGGUAUCCAAGCUAAAAGAAAAACUGCAGUUGAUCAGUGCUCUCACAAACAAACCUGAGAGCAACAGGCCUCCAGAGACCAUCAGUACAGAUGAAGUACAGAGUUCCACAUCAAAGCCGUCAACAUUACCAAAAUCACAGUCUCUUGGAGACCAAACCAGAAACACUGCACAACUAAGACCCAUCUCCCUACCAGGAAUUUCUAACAUUCAAGAUCUUCAGGAUUUGUUCCACAAGACUGGCCUGGACAUAGAUGGGAAGCUGACCUACCAAGAAAUCUCGAACUCCUUGGAUUCUGCUGUGCCAGAACCAGAUAAUUUCAGAGAAUUUGAUUCUGAUGGAGAUGGGAGAUAUUCACUCCCGGAGCUAAGAGCAGCAUUAGGCAUCUAGCGUCAGUGGCAUAUAUUAGACGUGGAUCAGUAUCCUGGACUACCUAAAAAUCUCCGCACUUCCCAAACACAACCCUGUUUACCCAUCAACCAUCUAGCCCUCCAGACUACUGUAGCAGACAAGAAAUACCUUUUAACCUGUUUGAAAAAAGCUAUAUAAAAGUUAUUUUUUUAAAGAAAGAGUACUUAAGAUAUUCAGGAAUCUAUGAUUUUUUUUUGAAAUGACUAAGAUCUUAAUUUUAAAAUCUAUCAGAUAAAGGUUGCCCCCAGUUUUAUUCUUUUUUUUUUUUAAUUAGAGGGGAGGAGACUAUCUUUUAAAAAUGAUAAAUGUAUAUAAGAGACUAAGCCACCUUUUAUAUUUCACAUAAAUUUGCCUUAAAUUAGCUGCACUUUAUACAGACUCAGAAAAUGUCUUUUCUUUAAAAGAUAGACCCUUUCUGUUUGUAAAUAUUUAAAAUGAAAAAAUUGUUCAUAUUUUCCAGGAAUUAAGAGGUUGUUCUGAAGCAUAGAAGUACAGAGGACAUAUUAAAGAGUUUACUAAUCCUGUCUGGCA